AUGGAGGAGGUGGUUGCUCGGGCUGUUCGAGCUUGUCAGAAGGGCAACUUGGAGGGGUUGGAAUCGGCCUUGGAGGAAGGUGUCUCACCUAAUGCACGUGACGUUGAUGGCUGUUCUCUACUUCAUUGGGCAGCCAUAAACAAUCGCGUUACGAUAGUGCAAAGGCUUCUCGAGUUGGGAGCAGAUCCUAACGUAGUUGGUGGAUUACUUGUGUCGUCGCCGUUGCAUUGGGCCUGUCGUGUCGGUCAUACUUUCAGUUCUGCGUUGCUUGUAAAAGCUGGUGCUGUUUGCAAUGUCAGGGACGCUCAAGGAUAUACACCAAUACAUUUGGCAGUGCAAAGCAAUCAAUCUCAACUCGUUGCUUAUUUAUUAGAGAAAUUCUAUUACUGUAAAGACAUCACAGACAAUAGCGGCAUGACGCCUGCUAUGUGGGCAGCGUACCGGACAUUCGGAAUGUUCCCUAUUCGUUUAAUCGUUCGAAGUGGAGCUAACCUUAAUGCACAGGAACAUCUCUCAGGCAAUACAGCUCUUCAUAUAGCAAUACAAGAGUGCAAUGACACUUCGAUUCGAAUAGUCUCAUCGGAUCCUGGUGUAAUCGAACGUAAGAGCGAUUCACGUGCACAGUUCCUAAGCGAUAUUGAGCAAUGCAAGCAAGUGAACUAUUGUUUCACAUGCUGGGUAGAUAAACCACAAGGUGCGAAGCAUUGCGGUGUUUGUGACAGGUGA